AUGAACAAGGACGGCUGCUACACGUACGCGCACAUGCAGCGGGCGCGCGACGCGGACUUAUUCGAGGACUUCUGCAAGGAGAAGCUGCCGGACGACGAGAUCUACGUGCCGCCGCACCACCAGCCCAUCAACCCCGAGGACGAGGACGACGUGGUGCCGGACCAGCACGCCGCCUUCGGCAUCCAGAGGGCCACGCAGCGCGGGCGCGACCCGGCCUGGAAGGACCUCGGGUUGGCCGAGCUCAUGCGCCAGGGGCCUCCGCCCGGCAGCCAGGUCGCCGGCCAGGGCCAGGGCGCCGCCAAGGGGAGUGCGAGGCCGUAUAAGGGUCUGCCGCGGUGA